UUGGCUACGGAUUUGAUCCUCAACUCCUUAUCUAAGAGAUUUGAGACCUUCGUGUUAAAUUAUAACAUGAACGGAUGGGACAAAACCGUUUCCGAGCUCCAUGGGAUGCUCAAAACGGCCGAGGCUAGCAUGGGAGGAAAGGUUCAACCCGUUCACAUGAUCAAUGAAGGCGGAAAGAAAAGGGCCAACCCCGGACCAAAGGCAAAUGUUGCUAAAGGAAAGGGAAACAACAAAAGGAACAACAGAGGAACAGGAAAGGCAAAAAUGGAUACUCCAAAAACGAAGAAGCAAAAGGUUGCUGUCAAUGACCCAUGCUUUGAGUGUGGGGAGGUAGGACAUUGGAAGCGUAAUUGUCCAACCUAUCUCAAAGAGUUGAAAGCUAAGAGGGAUGCAGGGCAAACCUCAGGGGUUCAUAAGAAAAAGGAACAUCAAGAAGGGGGACAUUAGUCUCUUUAUGGGCAAUGGUGCGAAAGUACAAGUUGAAGCCCAAGGAGACUAUCUUUUGAAACUUCCAAAUGGUUUG